AGCAGCAGGAACACCGUAGAUACUCCGGGCCUUGACUACUACUAGAUUAUGUACAAUUUAUCAGCCCUCGGAUUAGCCUAUGGAUAAGCUGGCUCCGAUCAUCAAUUCAAGAGGAUCCAUCAAAUGCAAAUACGGAUCCCCCCCCUCCCCCAUAGCCGGUAUUACAGCGGUAUUGCACCACGCGGACUGGCAGCCGUCAGCCGGAUAAUUUACCGUCUCGAGCCGGUAAUCCUUGCCCCCCUCUCGGGCUACUGCGACUUCCUUCUUAGAUUCGCUCUCUUCGGCCACCGUCUUCGGCUUUUUCCUGGUCUAUCUCUCCUUCUCUUCUACUUUACUUCUUCUUUCUUCCUUCUUGGUCUUCUAUCUGACUUCCUCCCUAUACUAUUCCCCUUCCGCUGGGCAUCUUCGCUUCCAUCUCUUCCGCCAUCGGAUCCAUUGACCUUUUCCGCCUUGCCCCCUCGAAACUCUCAGUUCCGCGACGGUUACCGGGGUUUAACCUCCGUCUCCUCCACCCCAUAGCCGCUCCACCCAGCUCCUCGAUUCUCUUAACCGCACCAGAGUCAAUUUGAAAGGAUCGAAUGUGUAGUAUACCGGUCCUGGUUCUAUCAGGCGCAUCACCAAUCCA